AUGGCCUUGGACCCUCAGUCAACCAAGGAAAUUCGUGAUGAUUGGUCGAACCGAGAGAACAUCGAGGUUAUAAAUACCAGUAUGAAAAGUAUAGUGGAAUUCCUCAAUCGAUUUGAUUCUUCAUGCCGUCUAAAGCUGUCCAAAUUAGAUAGCCAACUGACCAAUGCGGAAAAGUGUAUGGAUUUGCUAGAAGCCGAAGUUCAACGCAGCCUUCGUCAACAGAUGGCACAUCAACGUUCUAGUGGGCAGUUGAACCCCGUACCCGAGUCGCGUUGA